AUGGGGAACGCACAGGCGAAUCCCAACCGCGGGGGUAGGGAUAACAAGGAGGUGGGAACCAGAAGGCUGCCUGCGGGACGGUCGGCACGAGCGGGUGCUGUCGUCGGGGACGCAGCUCAGGAGGUAGCGACGGUGGAGCAGGGUCUUCAACUGGGGGCGGAGAAUGGGCCACGGGAAGGGAUGCCGGCGCAAGGGGUACCGGCUCGGGUGGCGUGGACACGGGCGGCGGCGGCUGCGGCGGCGCUUGAAUCCCCUCCGUCGCCAGGUGUGGCGGUGGUGGCGGAUGAGAACUUGGCGCGGACGCCAACGACUGGGCCAACGGCCGCGGUGCCGGCUCUGAGGCCGAGGACGGCUGCUGCUGCGAUGUCGAAGACUGUGACAUCGGUGGCGGAAGCUGCAGGGGCUGGGACUGCGCCACUUGGGGCGGAGCUGACGGACCAAGCGGGCGGUACGCCUGAGGCCCGUGUGGGCGCUGGGGACGAGGCGGCCGACGACGGCGAAAGUUCUGCCCGCGAGGUCGCAGUUGGGGAGGUGCCCGGCCACGGGAGAACCGGAACAUCUGCUGGCGGGGGGCCGGCGAGGGAGGAGGAGGCUGCGAAACACCGCCACCUACUCCGGCCGCAACCACAUCCGCGGCGGCUCGGAGCAGGGCUGGGACCUGCCCGCCCUGGGCCCCUUGCGGGGUGGGAGCAGCAAGAGGACUCGCCGGACGCUCCGGCGCCUGGUGUGGGCGUCGCUUGCCCGUCAUCGAACGGGCAUGCGGACGCAGCGGAAGGGACACACGAGGCGGAGGCUGUUAUAGCGGUGGGGGCGGACCACGAGGAUACGCUAGAACGGCGCGGCGACACGGCAGAACGCAGGCAACGGACUGGCACGAGCCGUCAAAGGGCGCUCCAGGACCAGGCCGACGAACGGGCGGCAGGCCUGCAGCCGCAAAACGCGGCACCAAGGGCGGCGGGCAGGGGCCGAGGGAGGGGACGGAACGGGGGGAGAGGUCCUCGAGAUCUGGCGGGAGCGGUGGCGAGGGAGAAAGCCAGAUCUGGAAACUGGCGGGAAAGGCAUGAGAGGCCAGAGGAGCAGGUUGAGGGUCCAAUGAAUGAAGGAGAAGAGGAGGGCGGGUCAGAAUAUAUGGCCUCACAGGAUGCGGAAUCAGAGGAGGCCUCAUUGGAGGCUGAGCGGGGGGUGCCCGUCCCAACCACAAAUUGGGCUGGAGGAAUCGGACGGGAGCGAGGGGAGGCCCCAGCAGACGUGGGAGAAUCAGGGCCGCAGCAGCCUAACGAGGCUGCCAGCAGGGAGCGAGAUCCCAGCAUUAUCGUGGAAGACGAGGCCACCUGGCAGCGGAUUCAUGCAUGGGAUCUGGGACCACUUCAAUCUAGCGCCCAACCCUUCCUGCGGCAGGACGGGGACGAGGAACAAGAGGAUGCUGGCGCUGAGGCUGCUGGACGGGAGGAGUGGGCGGCGGUGGAGCCGGAGCCGCGGGAGGGGCUGAGACAGACGGCGCAACAAGAAGCGCCGACGCAACAUGGAGCUGGGGUUGCGCCGGCAAAACCGACGGCGGGUGUGGAGGAGGAGGUGCGGAAGGAAGCACAGGCGCCGGCUGUAUCUGAAGUGAGGCAAGCGCAGGCAGGGCCAGCGCCGGCGGUGGCUGAGACAGUGGGGGAGGAACCGAAGGCGGAGGCACCGCCGGCACAAGCGGCGGCGGAGGGACCUGCCGAUGAGGAGGAAAUGGCCUCGGCCGCCAGGGUUGAUGGCGGGGACACCGGGGAUGACGGAGCGGCUGACCCCGUGGGCGGAGGUAGUACGGCGUUCGACCGGGUGGCGGGUGAUACACAGGGCGUCGGGAGUCCGGGGAUUGACGCCGCCCACGCCUCGAUCCGCCGCUCGAUUCGGCUUCAACCAAGUCCGCGGCGGCUCAGAGCAGGGCUGGCACCUGGCCUCCUUGGCCCCCUUCGGGGGUGGGAGUGCCAGACCUACUAA